GAAGUCGCUAUUUAGUGGAAAUUGGAGAAAACGGAAAACGCGAAACGGCAACAGAAGCGAAAGCAUCUUCUUCUCCAGUUCUUGCCGCAGUAAUCGAAUCAAGAAACACUCUCAGUGACGAGCAAUGUUAAGAGCUUCAACUCACCAUCUUUCUCCCUUUGUUUUCGCUUCUCCAUCGUCUCUCUAUGCUCUUCUUCCCGCUCUCGCCGUCCACAAGAGCUUCCCCUCCUCACUGUUGCCAAAACUUCAGCCCCUUCUGCAUCUGGGAGUCGCCCACCGUGCACCCAAUUAUCGCCGUAAUUAUCCUAGUUUGGGAUCGAAAUUUAAUCCAGUUCCGGGUAUGGACGGCCAACCUUGCGUCCCCAAGGCUACAGCUUCAUUCAGCUCCGAGAGCAGCUCUGAAGGUGGUAGAGAAAUCUUAGUGCAGCAUUUGCUUGUCAAAGAAGAUGAUCAGAAGCUUUUGCUUGAGCUACAGAAAAGAGCUGCUGAAGGAGAGGAUUUGAGUGAUUUAGCUGUGGAGUACUCAAUCUGCCCAUCAAAAGAGGAAGGGGGUAUGCUUGGUUGGGUGACAAAGGGGCAGAUGGUGCCAGAGUUUGAGGAGGCAGCAUUUAGUGCUCCGCUUAAUAAAGUUGUAAGGUGCAAGACUAAAUUUGGGUGGCAUUUGUUGCAGGUUCUAUCUGAAAGAGAGGCGUUGGUUCUUGAACACAUUCAGCCUAGUGAGUUCCAUCAGAAAAUGCAAGAUCCCUCUUUCUUCGAAGAGGCACAACUGAUUGAUGUUAGAGAACCUGAAGAAGUGGCCAUAGCGUCAUUGCCAGGUUUCAAAGUUCUUCCUCUUCGCCAAUUUGGAAAUUGGGGACCUGAAAUUACGACGAAGUUUGAUCCACAAAAGGAAACAUAUGUUCUGUGUCAUCAUGGUAUGCGAUCACUGCAAGUAGCCCAAUGGUUGCAUACACAGGGUUUCAGGCGUGUCUUCAAUAUCACUGGAGGGAUUCACCAAUACGCUCUGAAAGCGGAUCCAUCGGUUCCUACUUACUGAGUAUUCCCUGACUUGCUUGAUGUUCCAAUUCUCGUGUCGAAGUUUCCCCGUUAUUUUGCAGAUAGAACAAUAGGCAGGUAGAUACAGAAAACUCUGGAAUUUUGACGGUGAUUUUGAAUGACACUUUGUUUUCACAAUUCUCAUCCCCAGAACUAUGAUUUAAAAAUAUAUCUGAGGAUUUAUUAAAAGUCUAUCAUAUAUUUCUCUUUCA